CGUGUAUUUAUACGUAUCGAAGAAACCACAGAUCCCCGUCUCUUGGCCUCCCAGUGCCACCGCUCCCCAGUCGCCGGCCGCGGCAGCGAUCACGCGGACUCCGGCCGGCUCCGGCCACUCGAGGCCCGAGUUCCUGGGGUCGCGCACGCGGAGUCGCCCAGUCGCGGAUCUUGCGCGGCCGAGCAACGGCCGACGGGGGCCGUAGGUCCAGAUCGAGAACUGACGACACCAUGGCUUCGUCCUCUGAAUCCCUAAGCUCCGACGACACCGUGGCUUCGUCCUCCGAAUCCCCAAGUAGCUCCGACGACGACACCAUGGCUUCGUCGUCCGAACCCCCAAGCUCCGGCGACGACACCAGGGCUUCAUCCUCCGAAUCCCCAAGCGACGACAACAACACCACAGCUUCGUCCGCCGAAUCCCUAGGAUCCGACGACAACAACACGCCUUCGUCCUCCGAAAUCGUAAGCUCCGACGACAACAAGACGGCUUCAUCCUCCGAAUCCCGAAGCUCCGACGAUGAGGAAAAACGCAGAGGGAAAGAUGUGGAUGGAAUAAGUGGGGGCAGUACGAACGGUCAGUGGGAGCGAAACGAUCGAAACGAUCUGAGGGGUGGGCAUGGUGGAGCGUCCGAGCGUCCAGACGACCGGGGCCAAGCACUACCCUUGCCCAUCCAGAAAGGAAACCCUGCUCCCCAAAUAAGUCGAGCUCAGAAGUUAGCAGACAGUUGGCGAACAAUUCAGCAGCUAAAAAGCCUCGUUCGAAAGGAGUAUGGCGAGGAUACCAUGUUUUUGUGUAGAGUCUCCCUGAUAGCUAUAGAUUGCACCAGUGGAUGGUGUUAUCUUGGAUGCGACACCUGCCACAAGUCAAUGUACGAUGCCCCAAGAAAGUGCAAGUGCCGCCGAUGUGGCCCGAUUAAGAGGCCGGUUUAUUGGUACAAGCUGAAUACGAAGGUGAAAGAUGCCACCUGCACAAUGAACUUGAUGAUCUUCUGUGAGGUGGCGGAAGAUCUGGUUGGUGUCUCUGCGGACGAGCUCAUUGAUAAGAUCAAGAAUGAUGAUGAAUGGUUCACCAUGCCAAAUAAAAUCAGGGCUCUUCUUGGAUCAAUGCACACUUUCCAGGUAUUCGACAAGUACAGGAACGGGAGACGGGAGUUUCUCGGUGAAUUCAAUCAUGGACCAUGUUACCGUCCCAGUACCUGCUGCGUCCACUGCUCAAUGCAAGGAGGAGCGUGCCCCUGAGAGCAGCCUUACAAUGGCGAUUCCUACUCCAACCACUACUCAUUGCAAGGAGGAGCCUGUCCAUGAGGGCAGCGUUAACGUGACGAUCCGCGUUAACAUGACGAUCCCUACUCCAGCCACUGCUCAAUGCAAGGAGGAGCCUGUCCAUGAGGGAAGCGUUAACGUGGUGAUCCCUACUCCAGUCACUGCUCAAUGCAAGGAGGAGCCUGUCCAUAAGGGCAGCGUUAACGUGGUGAUCCCUACUCCAGUCACUGCUCAAUGCAAGGAGGAGCCUGUCCAUGAGGGCAACGUUAAUGUGGCUGUCCCUACUCCAGUCACUGCUCAAUGCAAGGAGCCUGUCCAUGAGGGCAGCGUCAACCCUACUCCAGUCACUGCUAGCCCUGCCCCUGAGGGCAGCGCUACCACGGCAAAAGCAAGAUCAAAGCCCACCGGACUGCAGAAGCCUAACAAGCGUCUGCGAGGAGACAACCGGAUCAACUAAUCUAGCUGGCCAUUUUGUGAAUUUUUCUAGUGCAUCUAGGCAAAUGUAUCCGAUCCUCUAGGAUUAGGCAAUGGGUCCUUUUCUGUUCAGUUUCUCUUCUACCAUGGAAAGCAGAACAGCUGGUGCGGCUCCAUAUAAUGUCAAUGCUGGGUGACAGACCUUAAUCCGUUUAAACCUUUGAACAUGUUUAGCUUAUCAUUGUUAAUGGACGGCAGGACUACACGAAGUAUGGGGGCUGAUGUGGGUGGGUGGUCCAUGGUCAGCACGUACGUGUAGCGUGAUGAGGCAAAAUUGAAUAUGGUGUUUGUUGGCCAUCUCA